AUGAUUCAUAGCACGAGAAUCUUGAAUCGAUCGGUACUAUACGUCCACUUGUUCACAAAGUGUAGUGUAGGGGAGAUGGCAAUGGUUGCCAGUGAAGACGCAAUUUCCAGUGAUCACUUUGAUGGGAACAACAAAAAUCAGGUUUUCCAAACUAAUAAUGAGCGAGUGAAACUUGGAGUAAGGAGGAAGAGACGUCAAGUUGUAAUGUCAAGGUUAGGGAAGCCAUUUGCACUCAUGAGAACAUCACGAAUUAAAAAGGAUGUGAUUCCUGUUGGAAAAGAAGUUGGUGGCUACAAGAAGGCUCAGAAGCAGCAACAUAAUCAUUGGGAUGUAAAGAAAAGGAGUCAGGGAAAGAAAUCAAUAGCACAAGUCAGGGAAUCUGAAUCUGAUAACAAGGACCUUGUGGAACCAUUUGUUUCAAAGACAGUCUCAUCUGAAGAUGAAGAAGAUUCAGAAGAUGAUUUUUGUGGUAUGCGAAGCCGGCGUGAGGCAUGGUUCAAAUUAGACUUGUCCUUGCUGGGGGUAAUCCUUUUCCUCCUCUUCAUCCGGAUUAUUUUGCGGAACCGGAGAUGCGUUAAUUUUGGUCGGACAAGUUUUAUAUGAUCCACCUCCAAGCUUCUUGAUGUGUAAACCAGGAGAGGAAUAUAAGAUGUUGAUGCUACCUUUGGUCAAAACUACUGUUGACCAUCACCUUAAAAAAAACUAACUCAUUUCGUUUGCUUUGGUUUAUUUUGGUUUGAAAAAUGUCUAUAGUUUCUUUACUUCUCCUCAAAGUAUGUUGCUCUUUUUGUGGUUACUCCUACUAAAUUUUUUUCCUUGCUAUUUUUGGUCAAAUAUGUAGACUUAUCCUCAUAUUGUGAGAGAAUUAUGUUGUUGGGUGUUUAAUAGACCUUAUGUUGCAGUAUGAGGGG